CCCUCCCCUGCACCCCAGUCAAGGCCGAAGCCAGAACGUGGAGUGGAUCCAAAAGCAGAUUCAAGGCGGAUGCACAGAAUGAUACAUCCCUCCACACACAUAGGCUGUGCUGGGUCACAGACAGAGUGGGUCAUCCUCAUUUUGGUGAAGAUUCUCUAUGUUACAGGGACGAUUUCAUCUAAAUGGCAUGCACAAGACUGGGGAUGUCAUUCUGGGUGGAUUGUUUCCAAUUCACUUUUUUAGAAGUGUUCCUGAUCUAUCUUUUACCUCAAAGCCACAACAGCCUACUUGCCAUGGGUUUUAUGAACUAGGAUUUAGGCUGGCACAAACCAUGCUUUUUGCUAUUGAUGAAAUCAACGGAAAUUCCAACCUGUUACCAAAUGUGACUCUGGGAUACACUCUUUAUGAUAACUGCGUUGAACUUGGAAUUACAUUCCGUGCAGCAUUGUCAUUAGUCAGUGGUCAAGAAGAGAAAAUUAUAUUACAUAAUACAUGUGUUGGAAAUCCUCCAGUCCUCGGGAUUGUUGGUGAUUCUUCCUCUACACCUUCUAUUGCCAUCUCCAGCAUCUUAGGCUUGUACAGAGUUCCUAUGGUGAGUUAUUUUGCCACAUGUUCCUGUUUGAGUGAUCAUCAAAAUUAUCCAUCCUUCUUUAGGACAAUACCAAGUGAUGCUUUCCAGGUGCGUGCUAUGAUUCACAUUCUCAAACAUUUCGGCUGGACUUGGGCAGGCCUGCUGGUCAGUGAUGAUGAUUAUGGAUUUCAUGCAGCAAGAUCCUUACAAUCUCAGCUGAGUCUGUCUGCUGAAAUUUGCCUUGCUUACGUUGAAGUUUUACCUUGGGACAAAAGCACAGAUGAAGUCAGGAGGAUUGUGAAUGUCAUGAAGAAAUCCACAGCUCGAGUUGUCAUUGUCUUUGCACAUGAGAGUCGAAUGAUAAAGCUUAUGGAAGAGGUAGUAAGGCAAAAUGUAACAGGCUUACAGUGGAUGGCAAGUGAAGCCUGGACAUCAGCUACUGUGCUCCAAACACCUCAGCUUAUGCCAUACCUGGGUGGUACACUGGGCAUUGCUAUUCGCCGAGGAGAAAUACCAGGGUUCAGGGAGUUCCUGUUACAAAUACGUCCUGACCUAUAUCACAACAAUAGCUAUGGGAAUAGCAUGGUGAAUCAGUUUUGGGAAUUCACAUUUCAGUGUAGAUUUGCUCCAGCUCCACCAGGCUGGUUGGAAGGUGGAGGUCCACUAUGCACUGGACAAGAAGAGCUUGAAAAUAAAGACACUGAAUUUUUGGACAUUUCCGACCUCCGGUCUGAGUACAAUGUAUACAAAGCUGUUUAUGCUUUUGCGCAUUCUCUUGAUGAUAUGCUGCAUUGCAAACCAGGAAAAGGGCCUUUCAGUGGGCACAGCUGUGCCACAUUGCAGUCACUGAAGCCAUGGCAGCUUGUUUAUUACUUGGAAAGGAUGAACUUUACCACACCAUUUGGUGAUCAAGUGUCAUUUGAUGAGAAUGGUGAUGCAUUGCCAAUUUAUGAUGUGAUGAACUGGUUGUGGCUCCCAGAUGGAACCUCUAAGGUUCAGAAUGUGGGUGAGGUUAAGAGGUCAGCUUUCAAAGGUGAAGAACUCAUACUUGAUGAAGACAAAAUCUUCUGGAACUUUCAAUCCAAAAAGCCACCUCAGUCAGUAUGUAGUGAUAGCUGUCCUCCUGGUACCCACAUGGUGAGAAGGAAGGGGGAACCCGAAUGCUGCUUUGACUGCAUCCCUUGUUCUGAGGGAACAGUCACUAAUAAGAACAACUCCUUGGAGUGUACCAGUUGUCCAGAGGAUUUUUGGUCAAACACCAAACGUGACCACUGUGUUCCUAAGAAGGCAGAAUUCCUCUCCUACCAUGAGCCUCUGGGUAUUUGUUUGACAGCAACCUCCUUACUGGGCACAUUUAUAUGUGCUGUUGUUUUGGGGAUCUUUAUCUAUCAUCGCAGAACACCCAUAGUGCGCGCCAACAAUUCAGAACUUAGCUUCCAGCUAUUACUGUCACUCAAGUUGUGUUUCCUGUGUUCACUGCUGUUCAUUGGACGACCCAGGCUGUGGACAUGCCAACUCAGGCAUGCAGCAUUUGGGAUAAGCUUUGUGCUGUGUGUCUCAUGCAUCCUGGUAAAAACCAUGGUUGUUCUGGCUGUGUUCAAAGCCUCCAAGCCAGGAGGGGGAACCAGUCUGAAGUGGUUUGGUGCUAUGCAGCAGAGAGGAACAGUUUUGGUUUUCACAUCUAUUCAAGCAGCCAUCUGCACUACCUGGCUUAUCACUUCCUCUCCAACUCCACAUAAAAACACCCAAUAUCACAAUAACAAGAUUGUUUAUGAGUGUGCAGUUGGGUCCACUGUUGGUUUUGGAGUGUUAUUGGGCUAUAUUGGCAUGCUAGCUUUCCUCAGUUUUCUAAUUGCAUUCCUGGCAAGGAAUCUCCCUGAUAGUUUUAAUGAGGCCAAGCUCAUCACAUUCAGCAUGCUGAUCUUCUGUGCUGUGUGGGUGGCCUUUGUUCCUGCUUAUAUCAGCUCACCUGGAAACCAUGCAGAUGCAGUGGAGGCAUUUGCCAUCCUGGCCUCAAGUUUUGGCCUGUUAGUUGCACUGUUUGGACCCAAAUGUUACAUAAUCCUGAUAAGACCAGAACUGAACACAAGAAAAGCUAUAAUGUGUCGUGGCAUUGAAUCAUAAUGUUUUCCAUACAGAGUUAAAAACCACAUGUGGAAAAAAACAUAUACAUAAUGAAUUGAAUUCACAGAAAUAUGUAGAAAGAUCCCAAGAUAAUUUGAAGUUUGUGUUAAUAACCUAUUAAUGCAAACUUCAAGAAGUAAACGUGUAGUAGUUUCUGUGUAAUAAGCAGGAAUUGGAGCUGCAAAAUGCAGGAUUGCUUGUUUCUUUUUAAUACCAAGAAUACUUUAAAAGUGUAAUGAUUACCUAGAAGUACCUGUGGUAAUUUCUAUGUAAUAAACUGUAUCUAUUGUUUCAAAAUGAAAGACUUCUAAGAAGUCUGAUGAUUAGCUGAAAUAUCUAUAGAAAAUGCAAAAAACACCUGAUUGAAAAACAAACAAUAAAAAAUUGAUAAAAAACUAGCUGGAUAAUAUUCUAUUUUAUCAUGUAUCACAAUAUGAAACAUAUCAAAGAG